UUUUCUUUUUCUUUUUUUUUUCUUAUAUAAAAAUGAUCAUUAUUAACAAUAUAAAAUACGCUUGUGAAAAAUGCAUACAAGGACAUAGAUCAUCUCGUUGUGAUCAUAGAGAAAGAAAAUUAGUUGCUGUUAGAAAGAAAGGAAGACCGAUUAGUCAAUGUGAUAGUUGUAGAGAGAAAAGAAAGAUUAAGCAAAUUCACCAAAAAUGUGAAUGUUUGUUAAAGAAGAAAUCAAGACUUACAUCCACUCGUCGCAUCAUGUCUAUCGAAGCUUUACUUGUCUAAUAUCAAUCUCACAUGCUUACAUUAUAUACCACGCAUCUCUUUUAUAUAAAGAGUCAAUUUUUGUAAAAUUACCUCAAAUAAAUCAAUAUUCUCUAAUCGCG